GUUGCGUAGGAUGACAUACUUGUCCACUGGCCCUAUAAAACACCUGCGUUACUCUGAGCAGCACAGACUUCUGACAGCUGCUGGUGGACAGGACAUCAGAAUACAGAAGGUUCAGUUCUAUCGCGGAGAUGAAUCGGUUUCUGUGCCUUCUGGCUGUGGGCCUGUACCUGUGCUUGCAAUGCCAGGUCAAUGAAGCACAUUUGAGUCAGAGCUUCAUUGAAAACACUGUGAUGGCAGCAAAGGCAAAGGUGGAUGCAGCCUAUCGUUAUUCAAGGCAACAGAGCUUGGAUCGCGUGAGAAGAAACGCACAUUACGCUGAUGUUGUGCGGCUAAUGAAGCAGCCCAGAGGAGUAUCCCGCAUUGCUGUGCGCUCUGCUGAUUACCUGGCUACUUCUUUGCAAAUGAUCACCGAAAGUCUUGAAAAGCGUCACAAGCGCUCCAUCAAUGCCACAGAUUUGAUCUCUAAGGAAAACCUACAGGCCCUCAUUGAUCUGACAGGCUGCUCUCCACGUCAUCGCAUCCCUUCUUGUGGGACAACUCAAAACUUGCACACAUAUCGCACUGCAAGCAGUGUGUGCAACAACAGGAGAAACACCCGCUGGGGAGCCUCCAAUACACCUUUUCUCCGCUGGCUCCCUGCUGAGUAUGAGGAUGGCACUUCUACACCUAGAGGCUGGACCCGUGAUCAAGCAGUGAACGAACACAUUCUUCCCCUGGUUAGAGAAGUGUCCAACCGGAUUUUGCCAACACCUACCGCUGACGUGCAGAGUGAUCCACUCUACACUUUCCUGGUGACAAUCUUUGGCCAGUUCACUGAUCAUGACCUGACCUUCACUCCUACUUCUCCUUCCAUUGCUUCAUUCAGUGAUGGCAUCGACUGUGGAAAGACUUGCACGCGCAGAGACCCCUGCUUCCCCAUUGACAUUCCUGAAAAUGACCCCCGGUUCGGCAGUAAUUCAGAGGAUGAGUGCAUUCCUUUCACCCGCUCAGCACCAGCUUGUGGCUCUGGAAACACUGGCUUCAACUUCGGUGCAAGCACAGUCCGCGAACAGAUAAACACUCUCACGUCCUUCCUCGAUGCAGGUGAAGUCUACGGCUCAGACGAAGCCAAAGCUCGCUCCCUCCGGGACCUCACCUCAGAUAAGGGUCUUUUGAGGGUCAAUGAAAUUUUUAAUGAUACCGGCCGUGAGCUUCUGCCCUUCAGCUCUAUGGGUGCCAACAUGUGUGCCACUCGAGCUCGCAUUACGAAUACCUCAAAUGCGGUGGAGGUGCCUUGCUUUUUCGCUGGUGACGAUCGCUCCACUGAGAACACCGCACUGGCCGCUCUGCACACUGUCCUGUUACGUGAACACAACCGACUGGCACGUGCUCUGGCCUGUCUCAAUCCACAGUGGGAUGGAGAGAGACUCUACCAGGAGGCUCGCAAGAUCGUGGGUGCCUAUCUGCAGGUGAUGACAUUCAGAGACUUCUUACAUCACAUUGUUGGUCCAGACUACAUUGCAGAGCAGCUGUCCACCUACCCUGGCUAUGAUGAAGACGUGAAUCCCGGGAUCGCCAAUGUAUUUGCCGUAGCUGCCUUCCGUUUUGCUCACCUGAUGAUUCAGCCUUUCAUUUUCCGUCUUGAUGAGCAGUACGAGGAGCAUCCUCAAUACCCCAGCGAACUGCUGCACAAAAACUUCUUCACACCAUGGAGAAUCAUCUUUGAAGGUGGUGUGGACCCUGUCAUGAGAGGGCUAGUGGGUCGCCCGGCCAAACUGAACACUCAGCAGCACAUGAUGACUGAGGAGCUGACAGACAGGCUGUUUAAGUUCUCCUCCAGGGUGGCACUGGAUCUGGGUUCACUGAACAUGCAGAGAGGAAGAGACCACGGAAUCCCUGGCUACAACAAGUGGCGCAAGUUCUGUGGACUGUCGACGCCACAAACUCUUGAGGAGCUGGCUGAAGUGCUGAACAAUACAGAUCUGGCACAGAGGCUGCUGAAUCUCUAUGGCACCCCUGACAACAUUGAUGUGUGGCUUGGAGGUGUGUCAGAGCCGUUUGUCCAUGGAGGACGAGUGGGACCUCUGUUUGCCUGCUUGAUCUCAACUCAGUUCCAAAAGAUCCGUCAGGGAGACCGACUUUGGUGGGAGAAUGAUGGAGUCUUCACUGAGGCUCAGAAACACUCACUGAGGCAAACAUCAAUGGCUCGUAUAAUCUGUGACAACACUGGUAUCACUGAAGUCCCUGAAAACCCCUUCCUGUACCGGCCUCGAGGGUAUGGCUACACCCAGUGUGAAAACAUCCCUGACUUUGACCUCAGUCCAUGGAAGGAGGGUGAUUCAAAUGAAUCUUCAGGUUCAGAUGAAUCUCCAGAAACAGAAGCACCUUAUACCCCUACCCCCACUGACAACCAACAGAACAUUGCUUUCUCAAUGCGACUUGGCAGCAACUCCCCCAAAGCUGGCUAUCCAAUCAUUUUCCAUGAAGUGAUCUACAACGGACAGAACAGCUACAACACUCAGAAUGGGAUCUUUACAUGUGAGACCCCGGGUGUUUAUGAGUUUGAGUUCAGCCUUACGAUCUACCAGAAGUCUGCCAGUGUGGAUCUGGUGCGCAACGGGAAGCGGAUUCUUCAUUCAUACACCACAAAGCAUAGCGGUUACCUGAUGGCCAGUGGAAGCAUUUAUGUUCAGCUUGAGCGUGGUGACAAGGUCUGGCUGGUUGCUCAAAACAGUGCCAAUGGCAUCACUAGUAAUAGCUACUUCAACGGGCAUCUGCUAUUUGAAGUGUAGGAUGUUUACUAAUAGACAGCAUCCUCACAACAAUGCCCAGUUUUUUUUGCAUGUCUUUUGUUUAACUUGCACCUUUUAAAAGGCUGCCUUUAGGUUAUGAUAAUUAUGACUGUUAUAAUCAUUUUGUAGGUUACUAAGAUUCAAAUGAUCCCAAUUUAAAUCCCUUAACCUGUCCAUAUGGGGACAUCAGAUUUUGGGUUGUCUAGACCACAACACAAAAUUUUCAAACUUUCAAAUGGCUUUCAAAUGAGCCAUAUUGCUCAAAGAGGCACAAUUGUUGUUUCUCAUUUUGUUUUUGUACUGAGGAAAAAUGCUGCUGUGUUCAGACACCAAAUAAAGAGUUCAAUUGUGACACUACAAAUCCCAAAUAGCAAAGAGAAAUUUAAAAUGAAAGAGUUCGGGUAUUAGGAGGAUAAAGAUAAAACAACUGAAACAUGCUGAGGUUAAUAUGUUACACUCUUUAAAUGUUUUAAAGAUUUUCAUUUAAUGAAGAAAUAUGUACAAUCCACUGAUACCUGUGCUUGCAAAAAGGGAUGAAGAAGUUCGUUGUGAAGAUUCAUUUUAAUCGUGAAUGAUUUGUUCAAUCUUGUCCUUUAAAUUCCUGAAGAUGUAUUGCUUUGCAUCCUUUUCCUAAAUCGUAUAAGAAAUAUUUCAAAGAUUUUUGAAUUCAUGCAUUAAUUUCAAUUCCUAAUAAAUGAAAAUGAAAAUGAG